AUGUCCUCCACCUCGACCUCCUCGGCCGUCCUCCCCAGCCGCAUCAUCCUCUCCCUCCUCGGCCUCGCCGCCGCCGCAGGAGGCUACCUGGCCGACUGGAACGAAACGCACGUCUUCAACCCGCGGUGGACGCCGCACGCCAAAUUCCACAACGGCCAGACCAUGUCGACGGGGCUCGGCCUGGGCCUGCUCACAUGGUACUACACCUGGCGGAGCACCAAUGCCUCGACGCCCUCGGGCCUGCUGGACAACCUGCUCACGGCCUCGCUCAUGAGCAGCUUCUACUGGGCCACGCAGGUCUCGGCCAUCCUGUACCCGGGGACGAAGUGGGUGGACGACGAGUUCAAGGAGAGCCACGGCGAGCCGCAGAAGCGGGGGGCGCCCGUGUUGCUGGGCCUGAGUUGGGCUGCGUUCGGGCUGGGCUGGUACCGAUUGACCAACUCGAGCAAGUCGAUCGGCAUUUGA